AUGUCUUCCACGAAUUCGAAAACACAGGACUUCAACUCGCAGGCCGAGAUCCGCGUGCCGCAGGAGCCAUUCAGUACCGUCGCACUCUUCCCCCAGCUUCCAAGGGAGAUCCGUGGUGCUGGGAAACCAACCUCGGGUGUAGAUGGAAAGAUGCUAGAAGGCUCCUCUACGUACGUCUCGAGAGAGAGAAGCACAGCAAAUCUACCACGCGAGAACGACAUACACACCUCUGCUUUCUACCAACGCGGGGGGAAAGAAUCCCUCUUAGGUCCCGUGUUUCGGAAACCUGCCAAAAUAGACCCCGGCAACGCUUUGCUUCGAAGCCGGUAUCAAGUCGUCCCUGAGGGGGUUGCUCUCCGAGCAGUAACCCCCAGGACGUGA